AUGGAGAAAGAAGAGGAGUUCGAGUCACAAGAAAAAGAAGAUAUACAUACGCUGCGUCUCAGAAGACAGCCCAAAUAUCCUCGGAAGAGCACCUCCAGGAGAAACAAGCUGGACCACUAUGCCAUCAUCAAGUUCCCCCUGACCACUGAGUCAGCCAUGAAGAAGACUGAAGACAACAGCACACUUGUGUUCAUUGUGGAUGUCAAGGCCAUCAAGCACCAGAUCAGACAGGCUGUGAAGAAGCUCUAUGACAUUGACAUGGCAAAGGUCAACACCCUGAUCAGGCCUGAUGGAGAGAAGAAGGCAUAUGUACGACUGGCUCCUGAAUAUGAUGCUUUGGAUGUUGCCAACAAAAUUGGGAUCAUCUAA